AUGUCUCUUCCCCCGGAUCUGCGCGUCCUCUGCCGCCGCCUCACAUCUACACCACCCGCUCAGCUGCCUCACUCGAUACCGGCUUUCACAGGCCACGUUCUUCGGUGCCGAGAUGUCCUCUCCACGCCGCACGAUCCCAAGGCCAAGGAUGGCGCGAACGAGGCCUACAUGCUGGUGCAUAAGCUCAAGACAAUCAUCACGACACUUCUCAACGGCAAAAGCGCUGCCGGCCGUUUUACUGGUGUGACACUCGUCAAGGCCGUGGUCGAUGUUGGUGGAUGGGAGUGUCUGCGCGAAUCUGGACCAUGGGUCCGCAGUCUUCUGUCUAUUCUUCAGAAAAACGACCCCUUCGCCGUCAAAGAGUUGUGUGUGGUGGCACUCAUCAAGAUCUACACCCUCGUCAACGGCUUCCAGACAUUGACGCGCGAGAUCGCGACCCCCACCAUUGCCACUUUCUUCAACGCUUGCCUACAGCUCGUGAAACAGCCAUCGGUUGGCGAACGCUUGAAGACACCGCUGCACCUUGUCGAGACGAUUCUGGACGCCUUUGCUACACUGCAACCUCUCUACCCCGCCACCUGCCGCCCGUUCAACAAGGAUAUCAGGGUCGUCAUCAAGCCGUAUCUCGCACCUACUUCUUCCGACGACAUCUUGGUCCCCGAGUCUUUGCAGCGCGUAAGCCGAAGAGUCGUCAUCUCCAUCCACUUUACUACCGCCGGCAAGUCUGGCCCAAGCGACGAAUGGGCCAAGUUUGCGGCAGAACUGCCGAAGGAUUUUCAUCUCUGUGCAGACCAGGUCUUUCGCGCUGUUCAAGAGAGCUGGGAUACUGUCCCGCCACGCGCGCGGUCCACUGUCAACUAUGACGCCCCGCCGCAGGGGGAGGAUUCGGGCAUUCAGCUGCCUGCGUGGAAGGGCGUUCGCGCUGGUGGUGACAGACUGAUCGGGUUGUUCCGGCUCAUGGCGGACUCGCUGCGCUACCCUACCAAAGACUUUGGCGUCAUUCCUGUCGGCGCGUUCCUUGAUACUGUCAGCCGCGUCUCUCUCAUCAGCCGUCGUGGCAAGACACAAACGUGGGAGCAGGCUCUCGAGACUCAUCCGGCUAUUGGCAGAGAGGAGAAGGAGGAGCUUUGGAGUAUCAUGGCCAGCAUUCACGUUGCGGCACUCGAGCUUCUCCAGACUCUCUUCAAGAGACUGCAACACAAUGCCCUUCCUCUUGCGUCCGAAAGUCUCGACAUUGUCGUUCUGAUUCUCAAGUCUGGCAUCGAUAACCCGAUUGUUCGUGUCGCCGCGUACAAAAUCCUCUGCGACAUGCUGCCGAUUGUUGGUCCCGGCAUGAGCAAGCCGGCAAUUGACGCCGUCGGCGUCGUCAUGCUUGCAUCCUGCCGUGAUCUGCAGCAGGAAGCGGGCCACCUCGCAGCCCCCGCGCCCUCCAGCAAGCCCGAAUCGGGCGCCAAGAAGAACAGCAUCGCCGCGAAUGCUGACCUCUUCCUCCCCCAACAGCAAGGUGACGCAGCUUUGACUCCCGCCAACACCACUGGUCUUGCCAAAGAGCAACUGGAAAUCGCCGAGACGCUUCUGGCCAGCCUCCUCGCCAACAUCCCACAGCGGCGCCUCAAGCCGGGCCUGCGUGGGCUGCUCGACCAGACAGCUGUGCUCAGCCAGAGCAGGGAUGCCAUGCUCGCCAGUGUCCUGAAUCCUUACAUCAACGAGUCUGGUAAAAGCUACGCCAGUAUCCUACCGCAUCUGUCGCGCCGCUUCCCUCGCGAUCAAGGGGUUGAGAUUCUUCGGUCCAACAUUCGCUCCUCAGCGCCCUCGUCUGGUGAUGGCGUCGACAUGACGGCCGGCUUUGAAGAGCUGGAAGAAGUAGAAGAUGACGAAGAUGAUGAUGAGAUGGUCGAUGCCAUUGAAGUGCAAGGCAGCGGCGAGGACUCAAAGGCUGACGAGGCCGAGGGUGGCAGCGGUUUUGGCAUUGCCUCCAAGACGGCUCCCGUGCUGAGCGGCGAGGGCAAGGAUCUGGCUAGCAGUAACAGCCCUUUCCUGACGCACAAGCCGUCCACCGUUGAAGUGGCAGGCGGUUCUUUGGCGUCUCAGAAGCGCAAGCUCGAGGACGCCGUGGACGUGGUACCGCCAUACAAGAAGUAUGGCGUGGAGAAGAGCAUACCGGAGCGGCCCGUGGCUGCGGCCGCCGAGAAGAAGGCGGCGGAAGGAGAAGGAGAGAGCGAUGACGAAAGUGUCGAUCUGAACAUGGACCUGGACGAUCUGGACGACGAGGAGGAUGAAGAGUAA